AAAAAAGUAAGAGAGUUAUAUCAAAAAAGAAAAGAAAAGAAAAAAAACAAAUUCUGAAAAAGUCAAUGCUGAGUGUUUGUGUUGCCUUUGUACUAAUCAUCUUGUUUGCUAUUGGUCAAUGAAUGUUGUUCCUCAAGUCUACUGGUUUGAGUGUUUGUUCUCAGAAAGUUGUGAUUUUUAGCAAGAUUUUUGUUGCUGUUGUCUGAGAUUGGUGCUGCAUUCAUGCAUCUGUCUCUAUGGAAGCCUAUAUCUUACUGUGCAGCCAUGAUCCUGGAGAAGAAGAACAAGGACAAGGAUUUCUCUGAGUUCCAUGAAGAAUCCAAGAAGAAGAAGCAGAAGCCAUCAAUCUUGGCACAUCUUCAAGAAAUCAAAAUAAGGGAAGCUCUUGAUGAGGCUUCUGAAGAUGGGUCUUUGUUCAAGUCCCAGGAUUUGGGUUCUCAAGCCAUUGCCCCUGGUAAGGUUCUUGCUCAGAAGGAGUUCCUUUGUGCCACUGCUGAGUUCUCAAGCAUGAGCUUCAGCUCAGAAGACUCCAUCCCUGACCUUCAAGAGUCCUACAAAAGGUUCCUCACAAUCUACCCAAAGUUCAAAGCUUCAGAGAAGGUUGACAAGCUUCGUUAUGAUGAGUAUUAUCACCUUUCAGAGGCUGGUGCUAAGGUAUGCCUUGAUUACUGUGGUUUCGGCUUGUUUUCUUACCUUCAGAGCUUUCAAAACUAUGAAUCUUCGGCUUUCGGUCUUUCGGAGAUAACUGCUGCUAAUCUUAGUAACCAUGCUCUCUUUGGUGGUGCUGAAGAUGGAACUGUUGAGCAUGAUAUCAAAGCUAGAAUCAUGAAUUAUCUGAACAUUCCUGAGAAUGAGUAUGGUCUUGUGUUUACUGUCAGUAGAGGUUCUGCAUUUAAAUUGCUUGCUAGUUCUUAUCCAUUUCAUACAAACAAGAAGUUGUUGACAAUGUUUGAUCAUGAGAGUCAGUCUGUGCAUUGGAUGGCUCAGAGUGCGAAGGAGAAGGGGGCGAAGAUUUAUAAUGCUUGGUUUAGAUGGCCUACACUCAGACUUUGUUCGACUGAGCUGAGGCGGCAGUUGUCUUCGAAUAAGAAGAGGAGGAAGAAGGAUUCGGCCACCGGGCUUUUCGUGUUUCCUGUUCAGUCUCGUGUUACUGGUGCGAAGUAUUCGUAUCAGUGGAUGGCAUUGGCGCAGCAGAACAAUUGGCAUGUGUUGCUUGAUGCAGGUGCAUUGGGUCCUAAAGACAUGGAUUCGCUCGGGUUGUCCCUUUUUCGGCCUGAUUUCAUUAUAACAUCGUUCUACCGAGUGUUCGGUUCUGAUCCUACUGGUUUUGGGUGUCUUGUUAUAAAAAAAUCAGUGAUGGCAAGCAUGCAAAACAAAAAUGGUAGCACUGGAUCAGGAAUGGUAAGAAUUGUUCCUGUGUUUCCUCAGUAUCUAGGUGACUCAUUGGAUGGUCUAGAUGAUUUCAGUGUCAAUGAAGAUGAAGAAGUUGAUGGAAAUGAAGAUGUAUCAGUGACCGAUACGAAGCAAGGUUCUCAAUUGCCUGCGUUCUCUGGUGUAUUCACAUCAGCUCAAGUUCGUGAUGUGUUUGAGACUGAAGUCGAUCAAGAUAACAGCUCUGAUAGGGAUGGAGCAAGUACAAUCUUCGAGGAAGCUGAGAGUGUUUCAGUUGGGGAUGUGAUGAAGAGCCCGGUUUCCAGUGAGGAUGAGCUAUCGGAAAAUUCUUUAUGGAUCGAUUUGGGUCAGAGUCCAAUUCAGUCAGAAAACUCCAGCCAGCUGAACAAAGGUGAUAACGGUUCACCUUUAUCAACCUCAUUGUCUAAUGGAAGUGAAACUAAGUAUCACAAGCGAACAUCACCAAGAGUUGGAGCUAAGAUGUUGGACAAUCCUGUUUAUGAUGGUCGUAUUUUUUCUUUUGAUGCUGCUGUCUUGUCUGCAUCGCAAGAGCUACCGAAAUGCAAGCAAAAUUGUGCCACCAAGAUUGAGGAAGAUGCGGAAUUCACUAAUUCUAUUGUCGGGUGUCAAAAUGGUUCGGAAAGUGUAAUGGAGAUGAAGGAAAGCGCAAUAAGAAGGGAAACCGAAAGCGAUUUCAGGUUGUUAGGAAGAAGAGAUGUAAAUAGAAGAUUCUAUGGCAUCGAAGAGAAUGAUCAUCUUGCGACCAUGAGUAGAAGAGUUUCUUUCAUUUUGGAGGACAAUAAACCUGGUGGAAGACUGAGCCGGAAUUUAGAUGCGGGAAAGUUAGUCGAUAACAAUAGCAUCAGUGAUGGAGAUGAUGAUGAUGAUGAUGACACUGAAGAAUGGAACAGAAAAGAGCCGGAGAUUGUUUGCAGACAUCUUGAUCAUGUGAACAUGAUGGGUCUAAACAAAACCACACUACGGCUGCGAUAUCUAGUGAAUUGGCUAGUAACCUCAUUGCUGCAGUUGCACUUACAAGAUUCAGAAGGCAAGAAUGGUUUGCCUCUAGUCCACAUUUAUGGUCCGAAGAUCAAAUAUGAAAGAGGUGCAGCUGUGGCAUUCAAUAUAAAGGAUAAAAACGGCACGGUGAUUAACCCGGAAAUUGUACAAAGACUUGCUGAGAAGGAUGGCAUUGCUUUGGGAAUCAGCUUUCUUGGUCAUAUAAAAAUCAUGGAAAACAAUGGCAAACAACUGAAUGGAGCAGUGGACAUCGGUGAGAAUGUUUGGUGUAGACCAAUAAAAAAUGGCCGUCAUGAUACUAAGCAUGCUGUGAUCAGAGUGGAGGUUGUCACUGCCUCAUUAGGCUACCUCACAAAUUUUGAAGAUGUGUACAGAAUGUGGGCAUUUGCUGCUAAGUUUCUCGAUCCUGCAUUUGUCGAAACUGCAGGACUAUCUAGUGUUUUAGAGACUUCAGAAGCUGCAGGACUAUCUACUGUUUUAGAGACUUCAGAAAUCUAGUUCAGUUUUUCAUAUUUCCUCUCUUUCUUGUCUGACUAUGCACUGUCAAUAGCUUGUGUUCUGCAGCAAAAUUUAAUUUAUUCUUGUUCAGUUUACUAAUCUUGUAUUUUUGUUUUUUCUGAGUUUGCAACUGAUGGAGAUCUCAGACUCUCAGUGCUGCAUCUAAAUGACAUUGUAAGCUAGGAUCCUCUGUAUUUUGUGAUACUCAUUGCAGAGUGAUGAAAUUCAAGCUAGCAUCUUAAUUUUGUCA